UGGGCGCCUCUAGGCUACAGAGUGGUAGGAAGAGAGCCAAUGAAAAAGGGAGCAGGCGGAGGUCGAAUUAACAAUGAGCGCUGACGGUAACAGACAGCAUCCGCAGCCAAUCGGAAGAGCUGAGGAAUUAUUUUAUUUUCCCAAGAUGGUCAAGAGGGAAUGGCAGCUGGGGAAGGCGGGCCAAGUUUGUGAUUUUUUUACCGGUCACAGCACUGCCCAGCCUCUACGAGACCUGAGACAUGGCACCCAAAAAGGCCAAGAGAAGGGCAGCGGCAGAAGGGGGCAGCUCCAAUGUCUUCUCCAUGUUCGACCAGACUCAGAUCCAGGAGUUCAAGGAGGCCUUCACUGUCAUUGACCAGAAUCGUGAUGGCAUCAUUGACAAGGAGGACCUCCGGGACACCUUUGCAGCUAUGGGCCGCCUCAACGUGAAGAAUGAAGAGCUAGAUGCCAUGAUGAAGGAAGCCAGCGGGCCCAUCAACUUCACUGUCUUCCUGACCAUGUUUGGGGAGAAGCUAAAGGGUGCUGAUCCUGAGGAUGUAAUCACCGGGGCCUUCAAGGUCCUGGACCCCGAGGGCAAGGGCACCAUCAAGAAGCAGUUCCUCGAGGAGCUGCUCACCACGCAGUGUGAUCGCUUCUCCCAGGAGGAGAUCAAGAACAUGUGGGCCGCCUUCCCCCCCGACGUGGGCGGCAAUGUAGACUACAAGAACAUCUGCUACGUCAUCACGCACGGUGACGCCAAGGACCAGGAGUAGGGGGACCCUCUGGGGCUUCCUUUGACCGGCCAGUCCGACCUCCACCCCCCACCCCCCGACGCCCAAUAAAAAUCGACUGGUCUUUGUUUCUUA